UGUGAUUUUUCCGCGCUUACGCGGAUUUCCGCGCCGAAAAUUUCCAAAGAAAAAAAUCCGCGGAGAUUACAAAAAAAGUCGCCGAAAAUCGGUACUUAAAAAUUAUUCUGCGUCGCAUUAUAAACAAUACACGCGGAAAUCAUUUCCGAGGUGUUUUUUAUAUGAUCACCGGUUCAGUUUUGAAAGUUGAAAUGUGAUUGGUUGUACAAGUCGGAGUACUCCAAUCAGAGUGGCGCACGCAAAAUUGAUAUUGCUAAAAAAAAGAAGAAAAAAAAAAGAAGAUAACAAACAAUUGUCAAAUGUUUACAAAUGGAAAGAAUUUUAGAUCGAGCGAAAGAUUCAGAAUUUAUAAAGAAGUUAGACGCAGGGUUAGAUAACGUUUGGAGAUGGCAAUGGAUGGAGGAGAAAAUAGAAAUCUAUAUCGGAAGCAGUUUGAAGUCAUUCUAUCUCUCGGAAUGGAUCCGAAAAAUUGACGAACGAGGACUGGCUAAAUGCUUAAUUUGCAAAUGUCCCCUGGGUUACGGGAAAAGGGGAAAAAUUGCGCUAACAGGACAUUGUAAAAGCAAGAAUCAUACUGAACGUGUGAAAUCUUUAUCAAAGCAACCAACUCUUCCUGCUGCCUGUCAUGGGGAGAAGGCAACAACCGAGGCCUAUGGUAUCCAUCCCAUGUUUAGAAAUAAAAAGACUGGCGAGUUGCCAAAGCAGCAGGUUGGGCUAAAGCCUCUUGUGCCACUAGAUGAUAGAAUUCACAAUGCAGAGGCCAUGGUAUUGGGAUUUGUUGCAGAGCAUUCAUUAUCAUUGACAAUGGUUCCAGAGAUAAUUAAACUCACCAAGGAACUUUCUAAAGACAAAAAAGCUGUAGAUGGAUUGUCUAUGGAUCGUACUUCUGCCUCUUACAAGUUAACAUAUGGCUUAAAGAAAACAAUUCAUGAGACAACAAUAAAUGAAAUAAGACAUUCACCAUUCUCUCUCAAUAUAGAUGAAUCAACCAGCAACAACAACAAACAUAUUUUGGCAGUGUUGGUCAAUUAUUUUUCCCAGUCUAAGCAGAAAGUUGUUUGUGAACAUUUAGCAGCAGUUGAGGUUGUAAAAGUUGACACAAACUCAGUUUAUCUAGCAUUAGAACAUAUUUUUGAAGAAAAUGAUAUACCCUGGAAAAAUCUUGUUUCCAUAUUGAUGGAUUCUUGUGCAGUCAUGAGAGGUUCAAAAAAUGGUCUGGAAAAAAGGAUAAGAGAAGAAAAGGCUCCUCACAUGUUGGACAUCGACGGUGAUGUCUGUCACCAUCUACACAAUGCAACAAAAAAAUUUUGUUCACCUUUCAUGUACUGGGUUGAAGGUUUAUUUGGACAAAUACAUACAGACCACAAAUGGUCGGUUGACUUACGUCAAUACCUUGAAGAGAUAUGUCAGUUGCUGGGAAUGCGUUUCUCUGUGCCUGAGAAGUUCAUAAGCCAUAGAUGGCUGUCAUGUUAUGAUUUAUCACUUUCAACUCUUCAGAUGUGGGAUGCUUAUGUUGUGUUUUAUUAUGCCUUUGUGAAAGACAAUGAAGACUAUAAACCUGUUAUAGAAGAAAUCUUUAAGAGAAGAAAUGUCAGUGAGAAUGCUAGAAAAAGAAUUAUCACAAUACUGGCCACCAUGGGGAAAAAAAAGAUGACAGAAGAUGGAAUUAAAAGAAAGAAAUUGAUUGUUGAAAGAGUCCUGUAUCAAGAACAAAAAACUUUACUGAUUUUACAUUUCUAUGUGGCUGUACUUAGCAUACUGAAAAGUUAUGUGAAGCUUUUUCAAUCCAAAGAACCACUUGUUCAUAUCAUACAUGACAAGCAAGAGCAAUUGUUUAAAGACUUCCUCUCAUGUUACGUAAAGCCAGAAGCUGUGUUGGGAAAGAAUGUACAGCAUUUGAAAGAAAUGACUUUAGACAGUGAUAAUGGACAAUUUCUAGAUGAGUGUGACAUGUUUGUAGGUAAAGGUAAAAGCAUCAUUAAAAAUGAAAGAAAAUCAAAAUGUAGUGGAGUUUCUGAAAACGCGUGUUACAUUGGCAGGGGAAAUACCUACAAAUUUGAAACUUCCAUUGUAAUAUUUUCUCCGAUUACAGUUGGACUAGUUGAUAGCCCAGGGACAUAG